GGGACAAUCCGCUCCAUAGGACACCCGUUUUAACUGUCGGAAGAUAAAUCUACCUCCAGUCUUCAUUUUCGUCGAGUGUUGUCUCACAUUUUUUCCUCUUCUGAAGAAGUACAGCCAGUUGCUCUCUCUCUCUAUCUCUCCAAAGCAUUAUUGAUAACUUAUUGAUAAGGAGACAUUGCACUAUUCUUUUUAUUGUUGAUAUUCCUUGUAUUUUGCACUAAAGAUGCACACCACGCAAAAGGACACGACUUAUACGAAAAUUUUUGUCGGGGGUCUACCCUACCACACCACGGAUUCAAGUCUCAGGAAAUAUUUUGAAGUGUUUGGCGAGAUUGAAGAAGCGGUGGUUAUUACCGACAGACAGACCGGCAAGUCUAGGGGUUAUGGAUUCGUGACGAUGGCGGACCGCUCGGCCGCCGACCGGGCCUGUAAGGACCCAAACCCAAUCAUCGACGGCAGGAAGGCCAAUGUCAACCUGGCCUACCUGGGGGCCAAGCCUCGGGUGAUGCAGCCAGGGUUUACCUUUGGUGUUCCCCAAAUUCACCCCGCGUUCAUCCAAAGGCCUUAUGGGAUCCCGGCCCACUAUGUGUACCCUCAGGCCUUCAUGCAGCCCAGUGUGGUCAUCCCACACGUACAGCCCACAGCUGCCACCUCUGCCACUGCCUCCUCCCCCUACAUCGACUACACUGGAGCCGCCUACGCGCAGUAUUCUGCCGCCGCGGCCAGUGCCGCCGCCGCCGCCGCAUAUGAGCAGUAUCCCUACGCUGCCUCCCCGGCUGCCGCAGGGUAUGUGGCCACCGCCGGGUACGGCUACGCGGUCCAACAGCCUUUAGCCACCGCUGCCCCGGGGUCAGCUGCCGCUGCAGCUGCUGCCUUCGGUCAGUACCAGCCCCAGCAGCUGCAAGCCGACCGCAUGCAAUAGCAGCCACUGCAA